AUGUCUAUAGAUCAACAACCAGAACCAGUGGCCACUUCGGGUGCGUCUAACAGUAAGAAAGUUGAAGUUAGAGAUAUUUUUUUCUAUAUUCCUAAUUUAAUUGGAUACUUUCGAAUCAUUACUGCUGUUCUUUCAUUUAUAUCUAUGAGAAAUCAUCCAAUUAUUACUUUAGUUUUAUAUGGUAUAUCCGGAUUUCUUGAUGCCUUUGAUGGUUAUGCCGCUAGAAAAUUUAAUCAAGGUACAAGAUUUGGAGCUGUAUUAGAUAUGGUAACUGAUAGAUGUGCUACAAGUUCAUUAAUUGUUUAUUUGGCAACAAUUUAUCCAUCUUAUACUUUAUUAUGGCAAUUACUUGUAUCAUUAGAUUUAGCAUCUCAUUAUAUGCAUAUGUAUGCUAUGCAAAGUAGUGGUUCAACCUCUCAUAAAAAUGUUGAUCAAAGUCAAUCUUAUAUUUUAUCAUUAUAUUAUACAAAUCGUACGGUCCUUUUUGUUGUAUGUUUAGUUAAUGAAUUAUUUUAUGUGGCUAUUUAUUUACAUUAUUAUAAUUAUUUUUGGUUUGGAACUUUAUUGGCUUGGUUAUCUGCUCCUAUUUGGUUAUUUAAGCAAUUUGCCAAUGUGAUUCAAUUGAAUGGGGCUUCAGUUAUUUUGGCUAGAAUGGAUGCUGAGGAUAAGUCAAAGUGA